AUGUCCUCCAAGCGUCAAUGGGUCGAUUUAGACGAAGGUCCAUCGAAGCGCUUGAGGGACGCUUUGAGGCCGAGAAAUCCCCCGACAAUGUACAUCAGAAAAGUCAGCGGGUGGUACAAAGAUGACUUCCUAAGAAAAUGUGACGCUAUCGACCAUCUUGCGACCAAGGCAAGACACAUUAAGAUGAUCCAAGAAGCCCUGGACGACGCGGAAGCCUACUACCUUAUGUCGCUGCACGACCGUAUCUUUUCCAAACACAGAAUGGAGGCAAAUCAUGUUUUUCAAAUGAUGGAUGAUCUGGCCAAGUGCACAGCUGCCUACAAGGUGGAAUACGCCGACAUCAUCGACCAAAUCAACGCGGAGAAAGAUGACAGCCUCAAGGAGGCACUUGAGACGGUGGUUUAUGGAGUCCGUCUACCAAUUUUAGACGAAGCGGCUCCCACGCAACCAGUCGGUCCAGUGCUCUCGCUCCCCCAAGCCGUCGUACCAACCACCGCGACUGAUCCUACCGCUGUCGAAGAAGAUGACGGGGCGGCAAGCUCCACAAGUGCAGAUGAUUCGACGGUAACUGCCCAAAAGACCACCGCCCAUUCAGAUCACGCUGUCGAAGGUGAAAGCGACAUCGACUUCGAUUACCUCAAUGGUCUCCAACCGAACGAUGGGACGGAACCCAUGGGCAACCAUUCGCCAACCAGCGAGUCUCUCCACACCUCCACGGAUCGAUCAGCCAAUGAAUCUGCCUAA